UGAAAUGAUGAAGGACUUGUGUAGUUACCACUAUGAUUUUCGACUUUCAGAUUCGCUUUAAUUUUUUUAAACAGGGAUAUCAAAUCUUGUUUUGUAAACACAAUUUUAGAUUGUGAUAGGAUAAACAGGCGGACAUGACCAACGUUCUUAUCAACCAGCAGAGACCGACAAAAGUAGGAGAUGCAUUCUACGAUGUGCUCACUGGGUAUGGUGUUGAUGAUCCGACGUGCACGCUAAACAGUGUCUGCUACAUGUACAAGCGUGACUACGAGUGGUGUUCGGAGGGCCAGGCGGCCAAAGUGGGCAUGGCCAAGUGUAGGGAGGAGUUCGCAGACUGGAUGGAGUGCCAGAACAGAUUCAAAUUGAAGCAACGAUCUAACGAGUUAUUGAAAAAGAGGGACGAGAUGGUGAGGAAAGGGUGGGUGCCCCCUCACGGAAACAGACAGUUCAACCUCAUGCACGACUCAUUCAACAAACGGGGUUUAGCUAUGGAGGGUCCCAGAUUCGAGGAACUAGACAAGAGAAAGUAUCUCGAACAACUGGCUCAGGGAAAAUUCCCCAACCACAAAUAAAACGGACCGACAAAAAACCUAUUUAGACACAAUUUUGAGAGGCACUUAACGCAUUAUUUGAAACAUUGAAUUUGCUGAUGUAUUUUUUUAAAUAUAAAACUAAGUGUGUUGAUCACUUGGGAAUUAAAUUUUGUAUUCCGAA